AUGGACGAUUCAGAUCUUCAAGAGGCCAUUCGCCUAUCACUAAUGAGUGACGAUGAAUCCAGCGACAACUUGAUUACGGCGGAGCCUUCGAACUCGAUUGCUGGACCAUCUCCAACAUGCAAACAGACCCCCGAAGACGAGAACAUGGAUGAUCCAGAGCUUCAAGAGGCCAUCCGUCUGUCAUUGACGAGUGACGAGGAGUCUGGGUACGCACCGAUUGCAGUAGAAUCCGGGUCCUCUGUCGCCAAAGCAGACGACGAUGAAGACGUCUUCGAAUGCAGAAUAUGCUCGAAGCUACCCACGUCCCCCCACGAUAGAAAGACGCGGAACUACCGCCUUUUCAAACCAGCGGACGAGUUUCCGCAUCUCGUCACGGAUCGGCCAAGCAGCGUCGACGUAUGUGUCCACUAUGUCGCAGUAUCGUACUGCUGGCCUGAGGAAAUCAAAGACGAGAAUGGAAAUACCGUUCCUCCUAUCACCGAGUCAAAGGUCCGAGAUCUCAACGGAAAGCCACGUGCUCGCGCACUUGACGAUGUUCUCGACCGUGCUGUUGACUUUGCUAAUUCUGUCGGCCUUCGCAUGAUUUGGAUCGACCAGGAAUGCCUCCCGCAACCGAAAGAAGAUGGCUCAGAGGAAGACAAGGCAUACCAGCGACUCGGGGUACAGGCACUGGACAUAGUCUACAACAGGGCUAUCGUUACAGCUGGCCUACACGAAUCAACUAUCAGCAAGACUGAGAUGAGCGCGGUUCAAUUCUUGAUAGACCACGAAACCGAAGAACUGCGUUAUUUGAGCCUCCGUCCACAGUUGUUCCAGUGUGCUUUGGAUUUCUUGUACAUGGUCCAAGAAGACAAAUGGUACACGCGAGCGUGGGUUAUUCAAGAAGCAGUCAGUGCCGGCCACGGCUUGGUUCUUGUGUUCAGACGAGGUCCCGGUGUUGUCUACACGUCCAAGCUCCGCGCUGAUCAGAAGAAGUAUUCGACUCCUCGACACCCUCUGGACUCGGAGAGGCGAACUCUCAAGUCAGAGAUCAUCUGUAUUCCUGUAGGCCUCUUUAGAGACCUCGUCGAAACCUGCAAGUCUCUGCUGGAACAACGUUUUCGGGCUAUGGGGCAGGCUCUGAUUCGAACCAGCACCGGCAAGAAUGCUACCCCGAUUCUCUCCAUCGCCAGGUCCCUCCAUCCAAAAAUUACAGUGCGCCAGCAUGUGGCCGGUAUCCACGUGUACGGAGGCAAAGUCUACGGCGGCCGUCAAAAGGUGAACGCUGCCACGGCUCGGACGCUGCUGAAGAGUCGUCAUUGUCGCGAUGUUCAGGAUCAACUGGCUAUCCUGGCAAACAUGUGCAGUUACGAGAUUCACUUAGACCCUGACAGAGUAGCGAAGGACUGUGAUUCGCUCCGACUUAGUAUCUUGGCCAUCACGCUGCUGAAUGGAGACACGUCCCUCCUGGUGCCUGAGGUCUAUGACUUCCCUGGCGACGAAGACGGAGAGCCAGACCCUUCUAUGGACCGCCGCGUGGGGAGUCUUCUGUCACCCUUUGACACGGACUCCAAAAGGGUUAGUAGCUACGCAGUACAAGACGGCAAGCUCGUCAACCCGGCCGUAUACAAACAUAGUUUUAGGAGGAAGAGCAAAGGACUCCAUCUAUGUGCAUACCUCUGGACAGUUGACGAUACUCUCGAUCUCAGCCCUCUGAGAUAUCAAUACGCUGAGCUCUGGCAUAGGAUGAAGUGCUUGCGCAUCAUCGUGGACCGCCAAAAGGAGGAAUCUGCCGAUGCAUUCGCUAGGCGAGAGGGUUUGAUGACCCAACAUUUCUCCAAGAACUACGUCAGGGACCAGGCAAAAUUGGAAAUCUUCCACAAUGGUGUCAUUGCUGCCGACUCGAGUGUUUGGGGAGGCCUAGAUGCGAGGGGAAUUCAGGUCAAAGUAUACCUUGACGCCUACCGCGUAGAAGCGGAGCCCGAGAUGCAGAGGAUCGUGGCGGAGAUCUUCUUCGCCAUCUUGCGAUACUUACAUGGCCUCUGUACCACCCAGUCGCUAGGCGCUGCGAACAGCAUCUGGCAAUCGAUUCGCACGGAUGCCGUCUAUGGACGUAAACCAGAUAUGCCAGACUUGGUGGGUGAGCAGCUUUUUUCACAUGAAGACGUUCUGGAGGACCCUUUCAGAACGCUUCAGCUGGAUAAGGAUCGAGGCGGCGGCUACUACCAAGCUUGGAUCGUGGAUCGGAUCAUGCAGGAGGGUAUCCUCUCCGUCGGCAGGUACAACCGCGCCCUCGAUGCUCCGCUGACAGGAGUGAAGCCCAGGCCGAGCUACGAUUCAGGGGAAGGAUCAAGUCGGCAGAAUGAUGGCAAAGUUCCAGACAACAUUAUCCAACGACAAAUCCAGCGACGAGUUCUGGCAACGCUCUACAGUUCUGGCCUCGAAGGAAGUUUCGACGCCCUCGAAGAUCACGAAACCAGGAUCGUCCCGUCCAGUCUGGCUUGGUUCGGAGAAGCUCUCAAGCGAGAACUCUUCACGGCUGAGGCAGAGCAAGCCCGGACGCAGUAG